AUGGCCUCUGCUAUCGCCGUCACCAUCCUUACCGGAGCCGCCUCGGCCGUCAUCUCCGCCGCCAUCAACCAGGUGGCCCCCACCAUCGCCAACCUUGGCAAGUGGGACGAGGCCCGCGAGGCCUUCACCCAGCAGACCGUCAAGGCCAUGUGGGACGCCAAGACCGAGGACUACGGCGCCGCCGUCUGCUACAACAUGGGCUACGAGGUCUCCAACACCAACCAGAUGUACGAGAAGACCUCGGUCAUGCUCGAGCAGGAGCUGCUCCACACCGACUACGACUGCUUCUUCAUGAGCGGUCCUGACAACCACUUCUGGACCUACGGCGAUGGUGGCUACAUCAACCUUGCCAUCUACCACGACAGCAGCAAGUGCUGGUUCGACAGCAACACCUCCGACCUGUACUGCCCUUAA